AACAGGCGGUAUGACUGUUGGCCGAAUGUUGCCAUCAAGUGUAAAGAGUUGUUGUGAUAUAUUCAGCGUCGGAUGUACACAUAGCUGAUAUAUAAACGACGUUGCUUGCCGCAUCUACUAUUGUGUAUUCAGCUCUGCCGCCGUUCACAAGUCUAUUUGACUGAAAUUUUGUUAAGACUUCAAGACCCUCACAAAACUCCAAAAUGGCCAUAACAAAAAUCACCAUGAUCAAAUUCGUCGAAAUCGCAUUGACAAUUAUUAUUUUCGCAUUGCAUUACAACAGUUUUCCCAGCACUGCGGACAUUAGCCAUAGUAUGAUCACCACUGGUACAUACGUAGGUUACGUUAUUGUCUUGCUUGGUAUUUUCAUCGGACUGUUCACUGGAACCCCAAUCAGUGCACGAUUGGAUAUGUUCUACGUGUUGAUUGGUGCUGCUCUAUACAUUACUGCUGGAGUCAUGUCUUACAAUUAUUUCAGCGGCUCACUAGUUAAAGGUUCCUACCACAAUACUGGUAUGACUAAAGCUUGGUUAUCAAUUCUUAAUGGAAUCAUAUUCGUUGUUGAUGCUGCCUUCACAUACCGCGGAGAAUAAUUCUUCAUCUUUUGUGUUUAAUUGUAUUGAAAAAAGCUUUUAAAUAAUUAUUUAUUGUUUUUAAAAAGUCAUUAUAAAUUAUUAUUAUGA